GAGACUGAUGUUCGAGAGAGGGUGGUGCAGUUCUUUCGAUCGAGCAGACAGGUGACUGAAGAGCCUGGCUGGUCCGAGUUUUUGUUGAUCAAGGAGGAACGUAAGCUCAAAGGCAAGUCGUUGAUUGCUUUUAUCGAGCCCCAAGCAUAUCGUGAAGGCAUUGUAGCCACCCUAGCAUAUCAAGCUGUAAGGGCUCUUUUCAAGAUCAUUGUGGAGAAGGCUUGGAGCACGAGAGAGAGUUUCGGCGUCUCAAGAGAAGCGGGGCAUGAUCCGAAGUGGAGGACAAUGAGAGCUCCUGGGUGGCGACGACUAGACCAAAAAGGAGAGCUGGUUUAA